AUGUUGAAUUUCUUUAAGGCCAAACCGGCAUGUGUUCGAUUUUCAUCCAUGUACUUGGAGAGUGAUGAAGAGAUAUUGGAAAUUCUCCCAAGUCAUUCAACAUAUAUUCAAGUCAAUACAAAGGAAGAUGAUCACCCAAGAGGUCAUCUUGUUCUCGCCACAAAAUCAUUAACCUUCUGUCCUGAGGAUUUUACACUUCCAGUUUAUCGUAUUCUGACUAAGGAUAUUUCGAACAUUAAGAAGGCAGCUGCAAAGGGAUUUUCAAAGAAAUGUUCCACAGUGACGAUUUCAACUGCAAGAGUUUGUUUAAUUGAUAGCAAGGAUCACAGUAAGAUGAAGAUUACAAAAAUUACAUUAGGUAUUCAAAAAGAAAACUUCCAAAAGGUUUACGAUUUGUUAGAAAGAAUGCAAUCAGUAAUUCUUACAAAGGAUGACAAAACAAGAAAUCAACAACUUGCAGACAUGGUUGAAAUGAUUGAAAAGAGAACACCAUUCAAUACUGGAUGGCUGACUGAGGAUGAAAGUGUUUCUUACACUACCUCAGCUCUCAUGAUUUCUUCAUUUGAAAAGUUGAGAGGUAAAUUUGCAAUUUCCUCAAAAAGAGUGUACUUCCAACCAAACUUUUGUUUUGGUGGUGAGCCUCACAUUUUAAAACUUUCCCCAUCAUCUGUAUUGGCACUUGUAAAAACAGAAUAUUUGAAUGGAUCCAAAGCAUUUGUCAUGCAUUUACAUAAUGAAUCCUCUGCACUCUUCAUCUUUGAUAAGGAAGAGGAAAGAGAUGCAACAUUUGAAAAGAUCAGCUAUGGACAAAACAGCAUGAUCGAUAUUAAUGAAUCAGUGAAAAGAGAUCAAGAACAAUGGGUGACAGGUUAUCUCUCCACUUUCGAAUAUAUCCAAAAUCUUAACAGAUACGCUGGGCGUACAUUGAAUGAUGUCUACUUGUAUCCAAUCUUCCCUUGGAUUUUUGCUGAUUUGAAAUCAGAAAAGUUAGAUCUUGAAAACCCUGCCACAUUCAGAGACUUGUCCAAACAUAUUGGAUGCAUCAACUCUGCCGCAAGGAAAAAGUUGGAAAGGCCAGUAUGUGACAAUUUCUGCAUGACUUAUGAAAAUAUCCUCUCCUAUUUGGUGAGAUGUUAUCCUGAUAUCAUGUUCCAUUUUAAUGACGGCAAAUUCAUUGAUACCAAUAAGCUUUUCAUGUCUCUUGAGAAAUGUUGGGAGGGUAUAGUGUCUGGAAGUGAUCCAAAAGAAACAAUUCCAGAUUUGUACAGUGGUGAAGGAUUGGUUCUCAUUAAUUUUAAGAGUCUUCCUCUGGGAGGAACUGGUGACGUUAGCCUUCCACCUUGGGCCGAGAGUGCUAAAGAUUUCAUCCAAAAAGCUAGAGAUGCCUUGGAGUGUGAACACGUUUCCCAAAAUUUACACAAAUGGAUUGAUAUAAUGUUUGGUAUUAAUCAAAAUACCUCUGAACUGGGUCAAGUUUAUCCAGAGGCUGUUUUCUCUCCAGGUCGUGGAACUGAUGUUAAGGGUAUUGCUCCAACAAAACUCUUCAACUCUGCCCACAAAGCAAGAAUAACCAAAUUGAAGAGAGCUUGUGAGAAGGUCAAAAAGGAAGAUGAUAUUGUCAUUGAAGAGUUAAAGCUUAAAUUGCAUAAUGCUCAAGAACAUAUUACCAUCAUUGAAAAUACAAAGAAAGAGCUGAUGGACAAGGCCGGUACUACUGAUCAAUUGAAGGUGGAAGUUUUGAAAUUGACAGAAAGCAAUAUUGAUCUCAAACAAAGCUUUGAAAAAGCAGAAAAUGACAACACAGUGUUUAGAGAAGAAAAUGAGCAACUCAAGCUUCAGAUUGAAAAGCUCAGUAAGGAAUUGGAUGAGGCAAGAAAGGCACAAGUAGUGGUCUCAUCAACUAUAAUGUCAACGCCAACAACUCAAGGCAGUGCUGCAGGAUCGGUGGCUGGUGGAAGUGCUUAUAAGGUUGAAAAUGGAUCCUCUUCUUCAGUUCCACCUUCCUCAACAGGUAAAUCAUCUGGAAAUACAAUCAUUCAAACAGUGGUGAGAAAGGAAGACAUUAAGUUUACCAACAAGUACAUUCUCCAAUUGGAAAAUGAUUUACGUCAAAGCAGAAAGGAUGAACAAGCAAGAGUUAGUGAAUUGGAACAAACUCACCAAGUGCUUCUCAAAUACAUGAACAAGUACAAGGAUGCCAAGGAACGAUCUGACAAGUACUGGAAGAAGAUUUGUGAAUUAAAGACAUUACAACAAGAAAUUCACGAUCUCAAGGUACUCCUUCAACAAUUUGAAGCAGAGGAUGCUGCAAAGGAAAAGUUAAUCACUCAAUUAAGGGAUGCCAACAGAAAACAAGAGGAAGCAAUCAAGCUCUUAAAGAUAGAAGUAAGGCAAAAUAGCAAUUCCCUCAAUACUAUGGGAAUGGCAUUGUCAAAGGGUAUUGUCUCUGAUGCUCUCAACUUAUCUAUGGAAGAUAUAGUUGGAGAAGACAUGGGAGAGGAUGAUGCCUUUGUCGAACAACCAUUAGAAGAAGAUUUAUCAUUCCAAGCUGAUUUGUAG